CGCGGAUGAGUAUAUUUUCAUCGGCACAGAAGCCAUCUUGGCAUGAGGCUGUGUGUUAUCUGCUGUUUGUUGUGCGACUGAUUUUCGUCAACUAGUUUUGAAGAGAAAUCUACAUCUUACACAUUUGUAAUGAAUUUCGGUAUAUCUGCCAUGCCAACGCCAAAGCGGCUGCGCGAUCUGAUUCGCGAAAUUCGGUCAGCGCGCACUGCUGCUGAUGAACGAACUGUGGUGAACAAAGAAUGUGCUAGCAUCCGUGACUCUUUUCGUGAUCAAGACAAUACUUAUCGAUGCCGUAAUGUGGCAAAACUACUUUACAUCCAUAUGCUUGGCUACCCCGCCCACUUUGGACAGCUGGAAUGUCUGAAGUUGAUUGCAUCACCACGUUUUACAGACAAACGCAUUGGAUACCUGGGGGCCAUGCUUCUUUUAGAUGAGAGACAAGAUGUACAUCUCCUUAUUACCAACUCCCUAAAAAAUGAUCUUUCACAUCAAACACAGUACAUUCAGAGUUUAGCCUUAUGUACCAUGGGUUCUAUUUGUUCCACGGAGAUGAGCCGUGACUUGGCUGGUGAGAUUGAAAAGAUGAUCAAAUCCUCCAACGCUUACAUCAAGAAAAAGGCCAUCCUGUGUGCUUUUUGCAUCAUUCGCAAGGUACCAGACUUAAUGGAGAUGUUCAUUCCAGCCACACGCUCCUUGCUGAAUGAGAAAAACCAUGGUGUGCUGCUGACAUCAGUGUGUUUAAUCACAGAAAUGUGUGAGAGAAGUCCAGACACGCUUCAUCACUUUAGAAAGGGAGUAUUUAUAAUUGAGUUAGUACCACAGUUGGUUCGUAUUUUAAAAAAUCUCAUCAUGGCUGGCUACUCACCUGAACAUGAUGUCUCUGGUGUCAGCGACCCUUUCCUGCAGGUGAAAAUUUUGCGGCUUCUGCGUAUACUGGGAAAGAACGAUAAUGAAGCCAGCGAAACCAUGAACGACAUUCUUGCUCAGGUGGCAACAAAUACGGACACCAGCAAGAAUGUGGGUCAUGCCAUCUUGUACGAGAUCGUGCUGACCAUCAUGGGCAUACAGUCUGAAGCUGGCCUUCGUGUGUUAGCCGUCAAUAUUUUAGGGCGGUUCCUCUUGAACAAUGACAAAAACAUCAGGUAUGUAGCUCUGAACACCCUACUCCGGGUAGUGCAUGCUGAUUACAAUGCUGUGCAAAGGCAUCGCACAACCAUCGUGGACUGUCUGAAGGAUCCUGAUGUCUCCAUCAGAAGGCGUGCCAUGGAGCUAUCAUUUGCUCUAAUCAACUCCAACAAUAUCCGUGGCAUGAUGAAGGAGCUGUUGCACUUCCUGGAAACCUGUGACCCAGAGUUCAAAGCUGACUGCUGCUCUAACAUUGUUAUUGCAGCUGCCAAGUACUCACCGAACAAAAGAUGGCAUAUAGACACAGUCAUGAAAAUCCUGACAUCAGCAGGGAACUACAUCCGUAGUGAUGUUGUGACAAUCACCAUCCAGCUUAUUGCUGAGACCACAUCCUUGCAUGGCUACUCGGUGCAGCAGCUCUUCCGUGCCAUGCAACAGGACUACACACAGCAGCCUCUUGUCCAGGUGGCAUCGUGGUGUGUAGGCGAGUAUGGUGACCAGCUUUUUUCCACGACAAUUGAAGAUGAGGAACCGUUGCAGAUCAGCGAGAGUGAUGUUGUCGACCUUCUGGAGAAAGUGGUUGGCACUGCCAACUCCUCUGUUGUCACCAAGGAGUAUGCCAUCACAGCAUUGAUGAAGCUUUCUGCACGUUUUACAGCUACUGUUCCGCGUAUCCGGCAGGUUCUAGAGCUCUAUGCCACUAGCACCAACAUGGAGCUACAGCAGCGGUCUGUGGAGUACUCUACAAUCUUCAGUGGCUUUGACCAUUUGAGGGCUGCCCUUUUGGAGCACAUGCCACUUAUCGUCACUCAUCACCACACUCUGGAAAAUGGUUUGGAGGCUGGGGACGACGAGUAUCUAUCAGAAAGAGACUCAAUUUCACGUACUAACCAACAGAACAUGCAGCCCUCUGCACCACGACAGCCUGGAAACAUCUUGGACAUACUUGAGAAUGGACAGUCCAGUGGACCAGGGGAGAUGACUAAGAUAACUGGGGCAGCAGACCUUCUGGACCUGCUGGGUGACUUGGGUCCAGCACAACCACUUUCCAAUAAUGUGGUGAAUGUGAUGCCCGUUGGCCCACUUGAUGGCAUGUUGUCUCCAGCAACGCAGGCCAAAAACCAGAUAAAUGGUACAGCAGGUUUGCAGGUCACAGCUUUUGAGAAGAACGGGUUGUGCAUCCGAUUUCUAUGUGAAAGAGACCCAGGUGUGGUGUGUGCCACUGUUAUCAACAUGAUAGCCACAAAUUCCACCCCUUUUCCUAUUACAGACUUCGUAUUCCAAGCUGCAGUGCCAAAGUCUUUCCAGCUAACCCUGCAGUCUCCUUCUAGCAGCAUCAUUCCCCCUCUGAACACAGACAACCUGACACAAGUUAUACGCAUAAAUAAUCCACAGAAGCAACCCAUAAGAAUGCGUCUGAAAAUCAACUACAUCCAUAAUGGAAGUAAUAUCAAUGAGAUGGGCGAAGUCAACUCUUUUCCUUCAGUUCUCUGGGAAUAGUAGUGAAUGGUUAUGAUAGAGUGCUGUUGUGUGCGUGUGUGCACACUUGUGUGCAUGUAGCACAUGCAUGUGUCUACGCGUGUAUGCACACAGGAAUGCAAGAGACAGAGGGAUACAAAGAUGUCAAGCGUACAAGACCUUGGCCACUCCUGCAGAUCCUGUCAUUUUGACCACAGUUCUACUAAAAUACACAAUGGAAGGAUAGUUCCCUGAACGCCAGGUUUGGUGGAAGCCAUGGCACUGAAUGUUUGACUUGCAGACAUCCUACCUUGUGCAGUGUUUGUCGUGGGCAAGAAAAAUUCCCUUAAAGCUGUUUUUAAUUUUUUUUUUUUUUUUGUGAUGCACCAGGUGACAAAAAGAUAAUUUUGCUGAAAGUGGAAUAUGGGAAGUUGCAAAAUGAAUUCUAGUGAAGCAUUGGACCAAUGAGACAGGCUAUGGGGCAUUCCUUCUUUCUUCACUGUUAGGUUGUGUCAUAUGCUGGCAACGUGUUACAGUAUUGUAGUGCUUUGAACCCAUCAUAUGCCUCAAAGUGCCAAUGGGCAUUGUCAGCAGAAGCUCCCAUUAACAGCUAGCUGUUGGAUGAAGUCAGUGAUGGUGUUGGGCUUUACUAACACCAAUCAGCUGACCGAUGCAGGUGAUUUUUCUGACAACAGGAAAUAAUUUGGGACAACUUGUUUGGAACCUGAGACAGGAGUCGAAAUGUUGGCUCUAUUGUCGCAUUCCUGUCUUGUCAUUUAUGUGCGUGUAUGUCUGUUGCUUCUCUAAGCCUGCAUUCUGAGCAGAAGCAGUAGAAUGUACCAGGGCGUGCUGUGUAAUUCUUUUCACUAGAAUUAUCAAUGAAUAAUUGUUUUAAAAAUUAAUACCAUAGGAAUUGAGUUAAGAAGAGCUUGAUUUGGGAUCUCUUGAGGAGAAUAUGUAAAAUACAAGUGCGAGGGACCUACUUGCGAAGCUUGAUGCACUGAUCAGGUUCUGUGAAUGCUUUACAUUUAGUGCAAGUCAUUAAUAAACCUUUACAUAUAGUGUAGGUAGCUAAACAGUCCUUUGAAGGAACGGUAGGAUCCAGUCCCAACAAGUGCAUUCCCUGAUUUGUUUAAAUGGUUGAAGGGGGUUCCUUUGAACAACAAUUUUGAAAAAAAAAAGCUGGUGCAUUUGGAUGUUUUGUCAUUUAAAACUUGCCCUGGGGAAAUAGCAUUCCAAAAUAAGGUUCAGCCUUGUCAAUACAUGCAAGACCUGAACAUGUUUAAAAUUGUGAUUAUAUCUGUAUUUUUAAUUAUAGAUUUGCAAGUUUUGGUGUGCAAGAUUGUUUGUUGGCUUGUGUUGUUGUUUCAAGUGUACUUGAAGAGGGACUGAUAGAGGAAUGGAAGAGAGGAUGAAAAUUGUUGCAAUCCUGAUUGUAUACUAUUGGUUAGUGAUGUGAAAUGGAUCAAACCUACCUUGAUGUAUACACUUUAUUUAUGACUAUGAUCUACACUUCUGUAAGUAAAACUGUGUAUGGUGCAAGAGUCACUUAUUAUUAUGUAAGGUGUAGCAGUGGGCUUGUCAGAAAAUGUGCAGCACUUACACUAGGAGUACAAGCAGGAUAUGUGGUGACUUUGUGGUCUUUUUUUUUUUUUAAUCAUAUUUGAAUCAAGUUGGUUGCUUUUAUUACCAAAAGCAUGCAACUGUAUAAGUUCUAAUAUUGUUUUUCAGACUAUGGCUUAAAAUAAUAGGAAGAUAUAUGUCAUGAAAAAGCAUGUAAACCUAGCAUGUGCACGCAUGGAUGCAUUGUGUGUACUGGUGCAUUCCCUUCCAGUCAUAACCAAACAAGUGUAUCCACAAGUGUUUUUUAGAAUGGAAGUUAUGUAGGCCAUUGGCUGUCUACAUGAGUUAAUGCAAUGUGUACAUGGAGUGUGUGGGUGUGUACUUGUGAAAAGAUGCAUACAUGUAUCACAGUACUAAUAAUAGUAAUUACAGUAAUAGUAUAUGUGGCCUGGCAGCCACAACAUUCUAUCCCAGCCAUUUAGGACUGACGUUGGAAAUAAGAAUUAGAAGCGCAGCAACUGUUUGUACAUCACAGUUUGUAGCAUGUUCACAAACCUUGUUAGGGAGCAAGACAUUCAGCUGAAAAUAUUGCCGUGACCCACCGACUCCAUGCUGUCAGAGUUUUGGCUAACCACAUAAUAAUAAACGCAUGAUUUGUAUAGCGCAUACUCACACUCAUAAGGAGCAUGCUUUUAGCUCUUGAGACAUGGACAGGAACAGAAGGAUGAAUAACAGUACUGAUGACCAAUAAAAGACAUUUCGUAAUGCA